ACCAGGUAAGCAGAAUGAGUUCAUUAUGAUAUUGAGGCUGAAAAGUAAGGAAAUCAAUGCACUCACACAUUGAUUCAAUACCGGCCUUUCACUGUGCCACAAACAAAUUACUAACAGGGCAGGAUUUGGAUGCUAAUUUUCAGCGUUGGUCACACGGGGUUAGCUGUAUAACACCUUGCUGUACUAUUUCUAGCCGCCGUGAGGUAAAAUCAAUGGGAACUUUUUCAAAUGGACUUUUGAUACAGUUUAAGAUGCUAAGAUUUUUCUCUGGCAGAUUUCAGAUGUGUGAAUUCGUACAUGAAUGAUCCAACAUACUGGAACGGCUACCGAGGACAAUGCGGAUAUCUCAGAGAUUCAUGUUUCUUUCGACUAUCAUACUUGCCUCAGUGUUUCUUAUUUCAUGGGUGAGUCAAAGCAAUGUGGUGAAGUACAGAGACAACGGGGACACAAAUUCACAAAACAAGAAAAGACCAAAUGCUUGGGUAGGCUUACCUGAGUCCCUAAGUUUUAUAUUUGAAAUAAGGUAUGCAGUUGUACGACCGAGAAAUUACAGCCAGACGACUGGGAAGCGAUUUGUGUAUCUCAUUGAAAGCCCUUCAAAGGGGGACAUCAAAGGUUUACAAGAAACAAACGAACGUGACGUCAUUUGGCUGACAUUUGCAGAUAGGUCAGGUGACAUUUACGCCCCAGACACCUCCGCUGCUUCUGGAAGAAAUGUGCUUCUGCAGCACGCGGUGAACUUAGCGUCCCAAAUGAAAGACGGCGGUUAUCUUUAUUAUAUAUUCAUGGACGACGACCUGGAGCUUUCAGUUAAGUCGGAUGGACAGGUCAAUUGGAAACCUUGGCCCAAGAUGGCCUCGGACCCUUUUCAGCGGUUCGAGGAGUUUCUUAUGUAUUACCAACCUGCUGUGGGGCACGUACGUUACCAAGAUAUGAGUAGACAGUUUGUCAAUACAAAAGAGCCCGUGAACUUGAACUGGGAUUUUGAUGAGUGUUUGAAUGCUUUCCACAAGGAUACACUGUCAUUUCUGGUACCUUACGAUUUGCAACUAGACUGUGAAUCGUGGUUCAAUGGCGCCUGGAUAACUCGUCAGCUGAUUUCGAUGCUGUAUCAUAGUUAUCGCAUUCAGUGCAACUCGUUGUAUGUUGCUAAUAGUAUUUCAAAUAGAAUUAUCUCAAAGGACAGGUACAAGCAAAAUUAUGAUUACGAAAUGCCUCGACACUACAUCUCGUCUGCUUUACUGACGAAAACAAAAACUAACCCUCCCAAAGCCAACCCAUUAAUUGAAGCUGUAUUAAAAGGAACGUCUUCGCGCCAAAGUCCAGGUACUCUACAGCCAGGUCCUUACAUAAAGAUUCCAGGGAAGCCGAAAGUAAAAGAGAACCAAUCGUAUCUUGUGACACCGGAUUUCAUCCUUCAACACUGGGACCAUACCCACCCCAUGAUUAGAAAGAAAUUAAUGUGGUUGCAAAAACCAGAAAUACAGAAAAUCCUUGGACUAGAAAACCGUCUCCAGCAGCCAUUUACACCCGAUACAUUGUACUGCUCAGGACCGAAUAAAUUUUCACUAUUAAUUGGACAAUAA